AUGGGUACAGCUAAGCAGAGUCAGAAUAGAAAGAAGUUUACAAGGGAGUAUAAGGUAAAAGAGAUUCAGAGAAGUAUCACGAAGAAGACCAGACUUAGGAAGGAAUAUCUCAAAGCUCUAAAGGAUGAAGGGUAUACGGUACCGGAGAAGGAACCUAGAACCGGUGUGAAAGACUCUGUUAGAAAGAUCAAGGAAGCCAGGGCUACGGAAGGCAAGAAAAAACUGGACGAGAAGAAGGAGAUCAAGAAACAAAGAAAGAAGUUACAAAGAGAUGAACUGAACGAACGAAGGAAUGAUGAGCUGGAACGAAUCAGAGUAUCCAAGGAAAAGUUCCAGAUGAGAGAGGACAGGAAGAAGAGAAUGACCCAAAGAACAAGGUCGGGUCAACCUCUGAUGGGUCCUAAGAUCGAGGACCUUUUGGAUAAAAUCAAAACAGAUGACACUUAUACUUCCUGA